GAUCCUUUUGCAGCCACAGUUUGUGGCCGCUGGGGGCAGCAGCUUCUGAGACGCAAGCGUAGAGGAAGUCGAUGUUUACGCGUCGUUGUAAACUACCGGGUCGGUGUUAGCGCCAGCAGUCAGGUAAACCACUGACAGGGUGAAAUGUUUUUUGAGAAUGAUCCCCGGCAGUUCUCUUACCGCUGCUCUGCAGCGCAACAGCACUUAGCAUUAGCGUGCUAGCUGGCUGGACAGGAGCCGGGACUGCGCAGAAUCAGUAACCCGGGAGAUCCGCGCAGCGCUGUGCCACAAAGUUCUCGUCAGAGUGUUGGUGUCAAGAUGUGUGAUCAGAAGCAUGUCAGACAGCACGGUGAUAUGAUAAACAGUGACGACCAGCUGUCAGCCAGUGAUGAAUCUGAGCCUGAACAACAACCCAGCAGAGCUCCAUUUGACCCAGACCUAGACCACAGUGAUGAUGAUGAUGAUGAUGAUGAUGUGUGUGCACCAGCAGCUAUUCCCAUAUCUCAGAGUUCAUUCAGUCUGAGUGGAGGUACCUCAGCCUUCUCUGACCGCAGCCACAGUAUCUUUGACUGCCUAGACAGUAUUGGCAGGCAGACUUUCUCCUCUCUAAAUCAGAACACUGUUGCAGACGAAUCCUCACUUCACAGUCAAAACACAAGCCAUCCGUCAUCCAUCUGUCCCACACCACCAAAGAAGAGAUUAGUCCCAGACUACCUAGUGCAUCCUGAGCGCUGGACACAUUACAGUCUGGAGGAUGUGAAUGAGAGCAGCGAUCAGGAAAAUAGCAGGGUGGCUUAUCAGUUCCUGUCCAGCCUGGGGCAAGAGGCAAGAGGCAGUUCCCCCUGUGACCUCCAGCACAAGAUGAUCUUCAGACCCAAGCAACUGCCGAAGGAACAACCUAAUGAUCAGCUUUCUCUUGUGAGUGCAAAGGAGACAGGAAUGCAUCUCAGUCACCUACUGGAGGAGGAGGACGAAGAGGCAGAAGGAAGGAAAACAGAAGAACAUCUAGACAAAACUGAGAAAGGAAAAAAAGAUGAAGAGAAGGACACGAGUGGAGCUAUGGGUCAAGGAGAGGAAAAGAAAGAGGUGCAAAAAGAAAAGAAGGUAGAAGAGUCCAGGUGCCAGUUCACCUCCUUCAGGAAUAUGAUGACUAAAAACUACAGGAAGCGUCCCGGCUGUGAGGACAACUGAUGACGGCAGUGACGUCCUCACCGUCAGCAGCUCAGUGUUUCAUCGUACGGUCAUAUGUGAACUGUACUCUUACUCCGCAUGCCUGUGUUUGUUCUGCUUCACCCAGCAGCGAUGUUCCAGAGUGCUUCACUUCAUACUUCCAGUUUCCUUAUUGUCGAAUUUUAGUUCCUGUUGUAUUUGGUAUUGUGAGAUCAAGUGUUGAAUUCAAAGGUUUUUGAGAAAAUAAGAAAUGGAAAGUUUUCCCAGUGAUAGUAAUUACUACCAUUAAAAACAAAUAAACACACCUUCAUCACCAGUUUCACCAACACAUUAAUGAAUGAGACAGGCAGUACACAAAAUGUAAAGAGAUGUUAAGUAAAAUGAAGGGUUUAUUAUUUGCUACAUCUUCCAAUCUGAAUAAACUGUCCUUUUUUUAAUUGAAGAAAUGGAUCCAAAUUACAAAUGUUUGGAUAAGUCAGUUUUAACCAUUGAUUUAACACUGUUGCCAUCUUCUGGAAUAAAACUGUUGUAAAGUUGUAAACUACUCGUCUAAAAUUGUGUGGCUCCUCCGGCUGCUGAAACAGCUCUGACCCAGGGAGACCCGACUGCGAGACUUCUGAGAGUCCCCUGUGUUACAGAUCCUGUAAAUCCAGAUUUUUUUAUAGGCAGGGCCCUCGUGGAUCAGACUCAUUCUUCCUGCAGACUAGACUGAACUGCGAUCUGGGGAUUUUGAAGGUCAAGUUAAUACUUUGCACUUAGUCAUAUUCUGUUACCAUCGGGCAUUCUCCUGCCUCGAUGGGGUGCAUGUGGGCUGCAGGUAUUUCAACAUCGAACAUGAAUAUCGUGACAAUAUCAGCAACAUGUCCACUGAACCUGAACAUGUGGGGGAAAGUUAUUCUCAACGAUGAGUCCAGAUUCUGCCUACUUCACGUGUUCUGCUUCAUUAAUGAAUUCUCCAAUAAGAUAAGAUAAGAUAACCUUUAUUAGUCCCACACGUUGUUGUUUGUUUCCCAAGCUAUGCAUUAGUAGAAAGAGAUUGAAAUCCUCCAACUAGCCACCUCCACAACACAGCUCAGAGAGGUUAAAAGGUCUUAAUAUCCAGCCUUAUGUGAGUAAAAAUGCUUUUCUCUAUUUCCUAAUAAUAAAGCAUUUUUGGUCAAAUAUAAAUCAGAAUUAGUUUGAUUAAUAUAUAAAUAAGAAAUGUAGUUUGAGUAGUAGAAACAACUGUUCUAAUGUCUGAGUUUGGUGGUGGUGUGUGUGAAUCUGAAAGUUUUGUAAUUGUUUAACACAGAACUGUAAUUAUUGGGUUUUGCUGAAAGUUGAUUCAUUUUGAGUGCAAAUAAAAAAAUAAAUAUGUUUAAGUUAAA